GUUGUUGGAGGGGUGACAUCUCCCCAGGUCACUGCUGCUGUUCAUUACCGAGGGGACCCCAAGGGACAGCACCUGCACCUUCAGUUUGGUGCCACCUCUGUUCUGUGCCCAGUCAGGGGCAUUGCCAGAAUGAAAUGCAAUCCCUUCUGAGUUUUACAGUCAUAGGGCAAAGUCAGACUGAAACAUUUUUGAAUCUUUUUUACAGGAAACAUUUCAUGACAAAGUCUGUCACAAGUGUGGCAGUAACUCACACCUGUCCCUGGACUGCAUUAAGCAAACAUUUGCUUUUCAGCAGCUCUGACAAGCUCAGUGUGAUAUCUUAACCUUCAUAAAGCCUGACAUGCUUUCUGAUUAUUUAUUUGCAAAUAACUUGAAUGUGUAGGUGGUCUUGAGACAGAGAAAUUGUGAUAUUUUCACCACUAUUGUCUUGGUUUUGCAAGGAAAAAUACCGUAGAUGAGAUUUUGAAACAUGAUACAUGAAUACAUCUUGGGCAUAAAUGCCCUAGACCUAAAAUAAUAUUUUUUAAUCUUUUUGUUGGUUAUAUAAUGGCUGGAAAUCAGUCUGGCCAAGUUUUUGUGUUUAGAAUAAGCAAUAUCCUGCAUUCAACACUUCACAGAAUGUCAGCAGAAGCUGCAGUAUGCAAUGAAUUUAAAGCAAAUGCAAACAUGUGUUAGGCAGUUUAUUCCAAGAUUUUAAAAUGUGAGAAAGAGCACAUCAAAAAUUAUGAUGUACAACAUUCUGGCUGCUUAACCUAAAAACAUAUUCUAAGCAAUGUAUUUUUAAGGAAAAGUAAACACAACUUCUCAUAUUGAAAUUAAGCUCUUCCCUGUUUCUUCCAGUAUAUUUGUGAGACAAAAUGUAGAGCUCCUUGUUUUGAAAAGGGGAGGAAAAAAAGCCACCCUAACCCAAAUCAUUUCCCUGCAGAGACUGAAAAGCACAAGUACUGAGCCACAGUUUCUAGAUUUACUCACUUUAUACAGCAAAGGAAAGAGAAAUAACAACAGCAAAAUGUCAAAAGUCAGGAAAACCUUUGGAAAAGACAAUAGCUAAAGUUUCAAAUAUGGGUGGAGGAAGAAGCAGGCUUUAAUUAUUUAAUUUUAACACCAUUGUUAGGAAAAAAACUGCAGAAAGGCUUGCCAGGUUACAAUUCAUGGUAGCCUUGUCUAUCACCAUUUGUUGCCAGGCUCAAAAAUUAGGUGGAUAUGAGAAGUUUUUGCACAAAAGUUGUAAAAUAUUGUCACCAACCCACCCCCACACACCCAUUUUAUUUCACACUGACAAAAGCUGAGAUGAAUGAGUUGUCUGGCCCUUCCCACUUUGUAUAGUCAUUGGCUGGCUUGGUUCUAAAAGGGAUUUUAAAAAGGGGAAUAAUGUGCCUUUGCCUGGGAUCUGCGACUGUCAGGGUGCUGAAAAGCUGAUCUGUGAGCUGCCACCAUGCAGAUCUCUUGGGCUGUGUGUGCUGUCUGUGUCGUGACACAAAUCACAUUUCAGCCUGCACAAGGGUGGCAGAUGUUUAAAAAUGAUGCUACAGAAAUCAUUCCUGAGAUCUCUGAAAAUACAGAAACACCCAUGGAGCCGACUUUCAGCAACAACAACACAAUGAAUCAGGCCAAACAUGGAGGAAGACACAUACAGCAAGCUCCAGAGCUUAACGACCCCUCGGAGUUCAGCUGCCGGGAGCUCCGCACCACUCGCUAUGUGACGGACGGGCCGUGCCGCAGCCUCAAGCCGGUCAAGGAGCUGCUGUGCUCGGGCCAGUGCGAGCCCUCGCACCUCCUGCCCAACUCCAUCGGCAGGGGCAAGUGGUGGCGGCAGAACGCCCUGGAUUAUCGCUGCAUCCCCGCGCACAGCCGCACCCAGCGCAUCCUGCUCGCCUGUCCCGAGCAGGAGACCCGGACUUACAAAUUCCGAGCGGUCACGUCCUGCAAGUGCAAGCGCUACACUCGCUACCACAACCAGUCCGAGCUCAAGGACUUCGGCAGGGACAGCGCCCGGCCCCAGAAGAACAAGAAGCCUCAUCUGUCCAGAGCCAGGAGCGCCAAAUCCAACCAGCACGAGCUGGAAAAUGCUUAUUAGGUGGCUCUGGGUGACACGGACUAGCAGCUCUGGAUGUUUGCUAAACCAUCAAAAGGCACUCAGAGGCCACAGCAUGAUGUUCUGACUGCAGCAGGUUCCAAUUCCUUCUGCUAAGCCGGGUCAAAGGCUCACAUAGGCAAAAAUCGAUCAGAUUAUAGCACUUAUGGUCUGAUAGGAGAAUGAGAGAAAUGAGCUGGAGGCAGCUGGAGGUACCCUGGAGGUCCAUGAGAGUUUGUGUGUCCUGAGCGAGCAGGGAGGCAAAGCGAAGCUGUUGUGACAAUCACACUGCUAGAAAUCAUUCCACUCACUUUAUGUGAACAGAAUAUUGAGAUUGCUAGAAAUCAUUCCACUCACUUUAUGUGAACAGAAUAUUGAGAUUGCUAGAAAUCAUUCCACUCACUUUAUGUGAACAGAAUAUUGAGAUCCCUUUCCCAGACAAUGGUGCAGGACCAGCUUGCAGUUAGGGAGGCACCAGGAGAGUUUGCACUCUCUGAAGGAGCUGUACAAAGUUAGGGGGAGCAGGGAUUUCAAGUUAUGGUGAAUGAAGUCAAAUUGGAAAAUUAACACUCUAGCAAUGUCCUCAUGCACCAGGUGUUUCCUCUCAAACACAGAAAUCAAAAUAUGACACUAGGGCACUCAAAAGUGGGACAAAUCUAUUUCAUUAAAAUAUUAUGGGGUCAACAAAUUCAAAACUGAGAUUUGGCAACUAAAACCAUAUUGAUUUAGAAACAAUGAUUUGUUUUAGGGACAAUUCAACAAAUUCUCCUAAGGGGAGCAGAUUUAUGAAAAAGAUGCUCCUCCCAAACCAGAUAACCUCACUGAUGUUUGUCCUGUAGACAGCUGACAUUAUCCAUAGUUUAACAUAGAAGAUACUGAUUAUUCCUUAUUUCCUAGAACAUGUUUAACUUUAAUAUCAGCUUAGAUACAUCCAUUGACAUUUUCUAUUCUGUAGAGUUUGGAUUAUCUCUAUUAUUUGGACAUAAAACUGUGCAAACCAAGCUCUGUGAGUAAGGUGGUGGUUCUGCAUUUAAAGUGAGCCUCUGCUAAGUCAGGAAUUCCUCUAGAAAAGCCUUUAGGAAAUGCAGCUUUGAUAAGACUUUAGUUUGGCAGCAACUUUCCUUUACUUAGCUUUUCAACACUCAGACUAAUGCUUGUGUUUUUACAUUAAAGAAUAUUGCUAGAAAGUGAAUUGUCACAUACUGUAUACAUCCUGUAGAAUUUAUGCUGAAGUAAUAUAAACUGUGGCAAUUUGAAAUGUUGAUAGAUUUUUCAGUUAUUUUAUGUGGGACCAGAACCUAGAGAGAAAAGGCAUCAUUUCAGAGAGUGAAUUACAUAUUUAUUUUUUUUCCAGAAAUUAUUUAUGCAAUGUUUUAACUUUUAGAGAACUAGAAGAAAUACUGCUUUUAAAAUAUUAGUCUGUUAUUUUUAAUUUUAAAUGCAUUGUUAAUAAAGUAGAAACAAUGACUAAUUAUAGAAAGACUCAUUGAUUUUCAGCUACAGUAUAAAGCCAGGGAUUUACAGAACAGUCAGGGUGUCAAGUCAAAUUUCUGUGAUCCAAAGUAUUGAGAUCCUUAAUUCUAACAAUUUACACAUCCCUAAAGAAUCUCCAUCCUGGAACUCCUUGCUCUGGUACAGGAUGUUUCUCAUGGGAAAAGUCUUCCUGGGCAAAUGAGCAGCUCAGAAUUAUUUCUGUAUUCUCAUUUCUGCUUCCCCUGGACAUUUCCUGAUUCGUUCACAACCAGAUAAAGCCACCAAAGAAAACAAUAAAUCUGUGAACUGCCAAUCAAGAGUUCUUGACUGAAAUCUGAUUGCUUCAGAUUUCUUUUAUUGAAAAAAAAAAAAGCAAGAAAAAUGAAUGUGGAAUCCCCUUGCAAGUGCUGUCAAGCAACAGUUAAAUAUUGUUACAGUUUGGUAUUGUAAACCUAUGCUCAUUUUCAUUUAUCUUUAAGAAACAUUUUCCAAUAAAGUCAGAGAAAACUGAGCUUGGGCUGCACACAGCAUGCAGGUCUUUCAAUGCAGAUGUGGACAUGAGCAGCUUUUUCAAGAUAGCCAGUAUAGAAGUUGUCCUUUCCUUACUAUGACUUGACACAUGGUAUAAAAACCCAAAAUAAACCAUUGUCACAACUGCAACAACAUUUUCCAGACUUAUCUUUGACUUCAUGAAUUUGACACUUGGGGUUUAAUUUUCAGGAUGCAGCAUGAGCACCUGCAAGCACAGCUGAGGUGAGAAAGGCAGCUCAGUUCUCUGGGAAGCUGUUCCAGUCUCUCAGACAUCCAAAGUCAAUGAAACUUUGUUUUUAAAAUAUUGAUUGUGAUUAGCCAGUGAAAGAGAUUUGCUCCACUUCACCUCAGACUUCAUCCUGGGUUUCAGGCACUCAGAAACACCAGGCCUGCUUCAGGUGAACCAGUAAUGUCUUUCUCCCAAAUAUUUCACCUGGAACAGGUCCUCUUACCCCAAAAAACAUCAUGCAGUUCUUGUCUCCCAAAAGUGCCAAUGUCUCCUGCUGUCAAACUCAGAAUCUUGCAUUUUUCUGACUCCCAAUGUAAGGAUUAGUUCUUUGUAAAUUAUAAAAGCUUUUACAACAAUCCUGGGGCACUUUUACUGCUGUGUUUGCUCUCAUCACCCAUCCUGUUUGCAGUGACUCCUCGUUGGUUUUACCUCGGGUUAAAGGUGGAUGAGGUGAGCAGUCUGCAGAUGUGAUUCUGUGAUCUUACUCCUGAAGCAACCCCUCCCACGAGCACUUCUGCAAUUUAUGUUAUCAGGAGAGGAAUAGGAAAGAGUGUUUUGCUAACAGCUGGAAAAAA